UUCCGGGUUUCAUUUUCACAUACACAGCACAUAUCUACCGUAGUUACAGAGAACAAAUGAUGGGUGGGAAACACAAUCAAGUUACGGCAGAAACAUGUCUUAACAAACUACCAUUUUCUGUUAUCAGAAACAUAAGUAAUCGCCUUGACAUCGACAAGAAAUGGGAAAGAUUUGUGUCAAAGAUUCCACGACGUAUGGCUGAUGUGGGGAAAGCCGACUGUGAAAUGAGAUAUUCACAUCUACAAAUACGUCUUUUUGAAGAUAAAGGUCGGCGUCAAGACGGAAGUCCAUCGAAAUCAAUCAUAGAUGACUGGUCUACACAAUUACCGAAGGUGAAGCACUUGAUUCGAGUAUUGCAGGAGGCAGACUUGUACGAAGCAGCCGAUUACCUGUCAGAAAAUGUGCUUCAGGUUGGCAAAGUUGAGCGUCUCCAUACAGCCGACGAACCUCCUAGUCUUCCAGGACCUGUUUGGUCUGAUGACAAACUCUCGAAGGGAAAUAUUGACGAAAGUUAUGAAAAACACAAGUAUUAUGUUUCUAAGGUUGAUGAGUAUAACUUAAGCCCUUCAAAGCCCUAUAGUGAUGGAAAAUCGAUAGAUUACAGUGAACUAGCAUCAACAGGUGGCGAAAAUAGCUACGAUAAACUGCAACCAUCAUCACUUUCAUCUGGUGACAAUAAGAUAUCAUAUUUUAGUGGAGGUCCAUCAUUUGAAGGGAAGGCCAUUAAUUCUCGGGAAAGCAGUGAACAACCAGAGUCAGGCUCAAACUCGCAGAUGUGCUUUGUGCCGAAAGACCCUAUGUUCCAGUUGCCAGUGUCAGAAGAUCCACCUUAUGAUUAUGCGAAACCUCCAGAAAAAAAUGUCUUGUUCAUGGAUGAGGGGGAUUAUUGUCGACAACAAGUGAUAUACGAAAGGCAGAAAAAUGUUAGGAAAGAACCAUGCGAGUCAUCAGAUGUUGUACUGACCUCGCCUUCCUCUACAAAUUCCGAUAUCUACAAACUGAUUGGUCCUCAGCGACAGAUGGAUUACAGCAUUCUUCAACACAUUACUGACAAUUUCAAGCCAGGUGAGCUUGUUCAAGGUGGAAGAGUGAUUGGAUCGGGUGGAUUCGGGGAGGUCUACCUUGGUGUGUUUGAAAAUGGUCAUAAGGUGGCAGUUAAAAAGUUGAAGAAUGUAGAUGAAGUGGACAAACAGUUCAGAACGGAACUUGAAGCAUUAACAAAACACAGGCAUAAAAACAUUGUUUGCCUGUAUGCUUACUCUGUAAAUGGCCCUGAUAAGUGCCUUGUCUAUGAGUAUUUGUGUAAUGGGUCAUUAGAAGAUCGACUACACCGAAGAGGUAACACACCACCAUUAUCUGUUAAAGUCCGUCUCUCUAUUUUGAGUGGAACAGCUGAGGGCAUUGUCUUCCUUAAUGAGCAAGGUAUUGUUCACAGGGACAUUAAAAGCCCUAAUGUUCUUCUUGAUGAAGAUUUUAACCCUAAAGUGGGCGACUUUGCAACGGCAAGAGCAGGUCCACAGGGAAACACCACGGCCCCGAUGUCCACUCGUGUUGUCAUCGGAACGUCUGCUUAUUUAGCCCCAGAGGCCAUGAAUUUCGAUGUAUCAACUAAGUUGGAUUCUUGGAGCUUCGGUAUUAUCAUACUGGAAAUGCUUACUGCCGCACCAGCACUUGAUUCAACUAGAGAGGAAAAGGAUUUAAAAAGUUAUACAGAGGAAAAUGACAUGUACGAAUUGUUGGACAAUUCAGGCGGAGAAUGGCCCAAACAUGUCGUUGCUCAGCUUACGGACAUAUCUGAAAGGUGUUCACAACGUAGAAAGAAACAACGAGUCAAUGUUGUGGACAUUUUGUCAGAAUUGCAGGCUUUGUGUAUGUCUUAACUGUUACGUUUCACUUCUGAGACUGAAAUUUUAAAUGUGACUAGUGUGUGUUUCAAUGAGUACUGGCAAUUAGCUGUGUUUUGUAGCAUUUUGGCAAUAGUGGUUUUAUUAUUGUUAAAUUUGGAUUAUUCAGGAAUGUCGUUAAAAAUGAUUAAACAAACAAGAUUAAAGGCAAGAAACCUAAUUUAACAAGCUUGUGAAAUUGAAUAAUUAUCCUGGGAUUUGUUGAAUUCUGAAGUCAGGAUCAUUAUGUGUCAGUAAUGUUGUUAUUAAAUUAUGAAUAUGUUAAGUCAUUUAUGUCUUUAUCUGUAGCCUCUUACCUUACCUCAUAUAGAAACAUUUAUAGAUAUAUGUUGGGACAAGUGCAAGAUUGGAUCAUAAAUGUGAGGUUGAGUACCCAUAAUGUGAGGUUGAGAACUGCCAAGUGUGAUGUUGAGUACCAAUAAGUGUGAGGUUGAGAACCCCUAAGUGUGGGGUUGAGAACCCAAAAUGUGAGGUUGAGUACCGCCAAGUGUGAGGUUGAGUACCAAUAAAUGUGAGGAUGAGAACCCAAAAGUGUGAAGUUGAGUACCGCCAGGUGUGAGGUUGAAUACCCAUAAUGUGAGGUUGAGUACCAAUGAGUGUGAGGUGAGGUUGAGUACCAAUGAGUGUGAGGUUGAAUACCGCCAAGUGUGAAGUUGAGUACCGCCAAGUGUGAGGUUAGGUUGAGUUCCCAUAAUGUGAGGUUGAGUACAGCCAAGUGUGAGGUUGAGUACCAAUGAGUGUGAGGUUGAGUUCCAAUAAAUGUGAGGUUGAGUACCACCAAGUGUGAGGUUGAGUACCAAUGAGUGUGAGGUUGAGUACCCAUAAGUGUGAGGUUGAGUUCCAAUAAAUGUGAGGUUGAGAACCCAAAAGUGUGAAGUUGAGUACCACCAAGUGUGAGGUUGAGUACCACCAAGUGUGAGGUUGAGUACCAAUGACUGUGAGGCUGAGUACCCAUAAGAGUGAGGUUGAGUACCCUACGGUGUAAGAUUAAGUAUCCUACAGUGUGUGAUUGAUUAUCCAUACCUGUGAGGUUGAGAACCCAUAACUAUGAGGUUGAGUUCCCAUAAUGUGAGGUUGUGUACUGCCAAGUCUGACGUUGAGUACCAAUAUAUGUGAGGUUGAGAACCCAUAAGUGUGAGGUUGUGAACCCAUAAGUGUGAGGUUGAGAACCCAUAACUAUGAGUUACCAUGAUGUGAGGUUGGGUACUGUCAAGUGUGAGGUUGAGUACCAAUGAGUGUGAGGUGGAGUACCCAUAACUGUGAAGUUGAGUUCACUUAAGUGUGAGGUUGAGAUCCCAUAAGUGUGAAGUUGAGUUCACUUAAGUGUGAGGUUGAGUACCCAUAAGUGUGAAGUUGAGUUUGCUUAAGUGUGAGGUUGAGUACCCCUGAGUGUGAGGUUGAGUAGCCAUAAGUGUGAAGUUGAGUUCACUUAAGUGUGAGGUUGAGUACCCAUUAGUGUGAGGUUGGGUACCCAUUAGAGUGAGGUUAAGUACCCAUAAAUGUGAGGUAGUUGCUAACCAAUGAGGUAGAGUUGGAGAACCAAUAAGUGUGCAUGGGGAAGUCAUAAACUAGUUUAAACUUAGUGAACACCUGUUUCUGUUCAAACCAUUCCAAAGUGAUAACCCUAACAUUAAUUAAUAAAGACAUAUAGUCCGUU